AUGGUAGUGUAUAUGGAGGAAGAAGUAUACCGAGUAAAAGCGGGAUCUGUAGCUAUUCUAGACUGCUCUGUAGAUCCUAAACCGGUUAGUGUCGUCUGGAGAAAGGGAGAAGAAAAAAGAGUAGACAAGAGAAUCCUUAUAAACAAUAAAAAAUACUAUGGUGCUGGUCCAUCUUCACCAGCACUUGUGAUUCGGCUUGUAGAGAAAAGGGACGAGGCUUACUACCAAUGUACUGCCAACGAUACUGACACCACCGGGAAUAUUGAAAUAGAAAUUCAAGGCGAUGCUGUUCCAUUAGAAGUGGAUUCCGAUGAAGAUAGAAGUAGCAAUACACAUAGAACACAAAGAUCUCAGUCUUUGUCAGCUUCAGGAGCAGGAGGGUCGUACAGUGAUAUAAACAUCAGAUCGAGCGCUAGUUCCCAGGAUUGGCAAAGGGAAUCACCCAGGACCAAAUCACUAGUGUGUGCAGGGAAGAACAGAAAUAACUUGAUAACAGACAACGUAUACUUACCAAGUGAUUUCAAGGUCAGCGGUGGAGAGGCAACUGUGUCAAAAAUUCUGAUGGAGAAAGUUAAGACCUGUCUCAGUGACUCUUUGUUGGAAAUGACCCUGAGAAACCUGUCGACCCCAAAAGGUAGAAUCUGUAAACAGACGGCUGAAUCAGUCUCUACGAUCACGUGUGAACUUUACUCGUAA